AUGCCUUCAGUAAAGACGUUCCGAAGGGAUUCAAUGAGCCCUGGUCGCGGCGCAAGCUAUCAAACUGGUUCUCCCUCGAUCACUGAUCGAUCAAUGAUGUUUGAACUGGUCUAUUUUCAGGACCCUCGCAGCCAGGGACUGGUCCAACUGUCUGCCGAGGAAAGAAGAACACUCAUCCAAGAGGGCUAUCCGGUUCCCACUCGUCUUCCUCUCUCGAAAGCGGAAGAAGAAUCGUUGAAAAUUGUGCGAAGAAAGAUCAAGAACAAGUUGUCUGCUCAAGAAUCUCGCCGCAAACGUAAGGAGUACAUGGACACGUUGGAGUCUCGUUGUCAGGCAUAUUUCAACGAAAACAGUCAGUUAAAAAGUGAGUGGGUGAUUAAGAAGUUGAAGUAUCCUUUUAAUGUGUCCCAAAUAUUUCGAGGCUAA